ACUGAAUUAAUCCCGGCUUCUUGUUUUCUGUGGUGGAAGUUCCAUUCUCCCUAGCAAGAUCUUGUACACAAGCAUCCAUGGCUAGAAAAAUGCUGCAGCCAACAAGUAGAAGCCCGAUAAAUAAAUAAUCACUCUGCAGUGCAGAGCUCCAAUUCCGGCCCGGAAAAUGAUAUCGAUGGAGCUCUCGUGCUUGCCCAGCUCUUGUUUUCCGGUGCCGGGACGGCGCAGGGGCUGCCAUGUCGUGGGUUCCGUCCGAUGCGCAGGGAUCGCGGAGCCGUCGGGAGUGCCGGCGCCGAUGGGGCAGAAGACGCAGUACAGGGACGGGUUCUUCGAGAAGGCGUUCAUGUCGUUGUUCGCCCGCAAGAUGGAGAAGUUCUCGGCCGGGGGCGGAGAAGGCGGGAAGACUAGCAGUGGGAGGGGCUUCUGGGGCUGGGACUACGACGGCUUCGUCGACGUCUCGAGGGGGGUGAUGGUGGGCAGGUCGCGGAAGCAGCAGCAGGAGGUGGUCAGGGAGGUGCUCCUCUCUAUGCUGCCGCCGGGCGCGCCGGCUCAGUUCAGAAAAUUGUUUCCUCCGACGAGAUGGGCCGCCGAAUUCAAUGCUGCAUUGACUGUCCCCUUCUUCCAUUGGUUGGUUGGACCGUCCGAGGUUGUGGAAGUAGAGGUAAAUGGUGUGAAGCAAAGAAGUGGAGUUCACAUUAAAAAAUGCAGAUACUUGGAGAACAGCGGAUGUGUUGGUAUGUGUGUGAACAUGUGCAAGAUUCCAACACAAGAUUUCUUCACCAAUGAAUUUGGACUUCCCUUAACAAUGAACCCAAAUUUUGAAGAUAUGAGCUGUGAUAUGGUGUAUGGUCAAGUGCCGCCACCUUUUGAGGAGGAUCCCGUAUCAAACCAACCAUGCUACAGUGAAUACUGUUCUGUGGCAAAUCCUAGUGCCAAAAUUUGUCCUAAGCUAGUGACUUAAAGGAGUUUACUUCCUUCGGUAGUUGGAUUGGCAAGAAGAGAACUAGUCACCCUAUCUUGAUUGUGCAGAAGAGCUAAUGUGUCUUGGAAGUCAUUGCCUGAAGGAGCUGCACUUAUAUAUAAAGCUUCAGAUAAGAAAUAAGUAAAAAGGAGGUCCAAUACAUUUUCUUAUACUGAAUUAAUAAAAAUUAAGCCAGAGAACCUAUAGAUUCUUUAUUUUAAUUUCAUUAUUCAUUGUAGCUAAUAAUAGUUUUUAGAUCGCAAGAGAAUGAUUUUUACUUUCUGUUCAGAUGCUGUGGUGGAUGUACAUAUUUAUUACUUGAGUGAUGCUUCAUUCAAUGAAACAUUUGAAUAAUUUGGAAUAAUCUUUCUCCUCCAAACAAUUUAGCAAGUUUAGAAUGAGAGAGUAAAAUAGGUGAUACUCUUGCAAA